UGGUGGUUUGUCAGUACAGCGGAGGAGCAGGGCUGGGUUCCUGCCACCUACCUGAAAACCUACAGCAAUACACGAGAUGACCUGGAGCUGGGCGCCUCCAAGUCCGGGGAGGGUAAGAGCUCCACACCACUAUGAAUACAGAAAGAAAACAUGUACACGACAUACAGUAUACAGUAUACAAGCUGCACCACAAUACAGACCACAUUAGACGUCGUCAUGUCCAGCAACUGGGUGAAAUUUGUGGAUGUGCAAUAUCCCACAACGUACAAGACCGCUGUACCUCCACCACCCCCAUCUCUAAAAGGGUAAAGUAGUCUGACUCCCACCCCCGAAUCACCGCCGACUGACGUUAACGUCCGACUUUCCCCCGGUGUGAACACCCUUCUUUGUGCUGCUGCCACUAUAAACACCCCCGAACAAGCUCCAGAGUCCUCCCUGAAUAAAUAGCCUGGAGAAGGAGUGUCAGGGCCUAAGCCACAUCUCUGGGCUGAGGUGCACUGAGUGACGUAUUGUACUCUACAGUAGCAGUGUAGAAAUUCAAUGCAAUACUAAAAAGAGGUUACCUCCUUGGAGUUUGGGGCGGUAAACGAAUGAAAGAGGCGCAUGUUUGGUUCACUGUAGGGAUUGAGCUGUGAGGAGUUAUUUUAUGUGAGUCAAUCACUAGUAAAGUCAUGUCUGAAGUUAUUUAUUCCAGGCCCUGAGAUAAAUCAUGUCAAUUUAUACAGACUGAUUAUGACACAAAACUAGAAGAUAGUGAUGAAUGUUGCUUUGUCUGUGCAAUGGUCGUAUGCUGCUAUAUUCUGCGUUAACACCUAAGCAAGAGGGUUGUUUGCUAAACGAUCAUGCUGACAUAAAAUUGGGAUCCACUCAUGCAGUCAUUAGAACUCCAUUUCCCAAAAGACACAGCAUGGGUUAGGCUAUAUUGUCUUGUGUGACAGUCCUAGCAAUGUCAUAAUCUAGCCAAUCAAAUCAAAUCAAAUCAAAUUGUAUUUGCCACAUGCGCCUAAUACAACAGGUGUAGACAUUACCGUGAAAUGCUUACUUAUAGCCCUUAACCAACAAUGCAUUAAUUUUUUUAUAAAAAAGUAAAAUAAAACAACAACAAAAAAGUGUUGAGGAAAAAAAGAGCAGAAGUAAAAUAAAAUAACAGUAGGGAGGCUAUAUACAGGGGGGUACCGGUGCAGAGUCAAUGUGUGGGGGCACCGGCUAGUUGAGGUAAUAUGUCAUGUGGGUAGAGUUAAAGUGACUAUGCAUAAAUAAUUAACAGAGUAGCAGCAGCGUAAAAAGAUGGGGUGGGGGUGCAAAUAGUCCGGGUAGCCAUGAUUAGCUGUUCAGGAGUCUUAUGGCUUGGGGGUGGAAGCUGUUGAGAAGCCUUUUGGACCUAGACUUGGCGCUCCGGUACCGCUUGCCGUGCGGUAGCAGAGAGAACAGUCUAUGACUAGGGUGGCUGGAGUCUUUGACAAUUUUGAGGGCCUUCCUCUGACACCGCCUAGUAUAGAGGUCCUGGAUGGCAGGAAGCUUGGCCCCAGUGAUGUACUGGGCCGUACGCACUACCCUCUGUAGUGCCUUGCGGUCGGAGGCCGAGCAGUUGCCAUACCAGGCGGUGAUGCAACCAGUCAGGAUGCUCUCGAUGGUGCAGCUGUAGAACUUUUUGAGGAUCUGAGGCCCAUGCCAAAUCUUUUCAGUCUCCUGACGGGAAAUAGGCUUUGUCGUGCCCUCUUCACGACUGUCUUGGUAUGUUUGGACCAUGAUAGUUCAUUGGUGAUGUGGACACCAAGGAACUUGAAGCUCUCAACCUGUUCCACUACAGCCCCAUUGAUGAGAAUGGGGGCGUGCUCAGUCCUCUUUUUUUUCCUGUAGUCCACAGUCAUCUCCUUUGUCUUGGUCACAUUGUUAUCCUGGCACCACACGGCCAGGUCUCUGACCUCCUCCCUAUAUGCUGUCUCAUCGUUGUCAGUGAUCAGGCCUACCACUGUUGUGUUGUCGAAAAACGUAAUGAUGGUGUUGGAGUCGUGCCUGGCCAUGCAGUCAUGGGUGAACAGGGAGUACUGGAGGGAACUGAGCACGCACCCCUGAGGGGCCCCCGUGUUGAGGAUCAGCGUGGCAGAUGUGUUGUUACCUACCCUUACCACCUGGGGGCGGCCUGCAAGGAAGUCCAGGAUCCAGUUGCAGAGGGAGGUGUUUAGUCCCAGGAUCCUUAGCUUAGUGAUGAGCUUUGAGGGCACUAUGGUGUUGAACGCUGAGCUGUAGUCAAUGAAUAGCAUUCUCACGUAGGUGUUCCUCUUGUCCAGGUGGGAAAGGGCAGUGUGGAGUGCAAUAGAAAUUGCAUUAUCUGUGGAUCUGUUGGGGCGGUAUGCAAAUUGGACUGAGUCUAGGGUUUCUGGGAUAAUGAUGUUGAUGUGAGCCAUGACCAGCCUUUCAAAGCACUUCAUGGCUACAGACGUCAGUGCUACGGGUCGGUAGUCAUUUAGGCAGGUUAUCUUAGUGUCCUUGUGCACGGGGACAAUGCUGGUCUGCUUGAAACAUGUUGGUAUUACAGACUCAAUCAGGGACAUGUUGAAAAUGUCAGUGAAGACACUUGCCAGUUAGUCAGCACAUGCUCGGAGUACACGUCCUGGUAAUCCGUCUGACCCUGCGGCCUUGUGAAUGUUGACCUGCUUAAAAGUCUUACUCACAUCGGCUACGGAGAGCGUGAUCACAUAGUCAUACGGAACAGCUGGUGCUCUCAUGCAUGCUUCAGUGUUGCUUGCCUCGAAGCGAGCAUAGAAAUGGUUUAGCUCGUCUGGUAGGCUUGUGUCACUGGGCAGCUCAUGGUUGUGCUUCCCUUUGUAGUCUGUAAUAGUUUUCGAGCCCUGCCACAUCCAACGAGCAUCAGAGCCAGUGUAGUACGAUUCAAUCUUAGUCCUGUAUUGACUCUUUGCCUGUUUGAUGGUUCGUCGGAGGGCAUAGCGGGAUUUCUUAUAAGCGUCCGGGAUAGAGUCCCGAUCCUUGAAAGCGGCAGCUCUACCCUUUAUCUCAGUGCGGAUGUUGCCUGUAAUCCAUGGCUUCUGGUUGGGGUAUGUACGUACGGUCACUGUGAGGACGACAUCAUCGAUGCACUUAUUGAUGAAGCCAGUGACUGAUGUGGUGUACUCCUCAAUGCUAUCUGAAGAAUCCCGGAACAUGUUCCAGUCUGUGCUAGCAAAACAGUCCUGUAGCUUAGCAUCUGUGUCAUCUGACCACUUUUUUAUUAACUGAGUCACUGGUGCUUCCUGCUUUAGUUUUUGCUUAUAAGCAGGAAUCAGGAGGAUAGAGUUAUGGUCAGAUUUGCCAAAUGGAGGGCAAGGGAGCGCUUUGUAUGCGUCUCUGUGUGUGGAGUAAAGGUGGUCUAGAGUUUUUUUUCCUCUGGUUGCACUUAACAUGCUGGUAGAAAUUAGGUAGAACGGAUGUAAGUUUCCCUGCAUUAAAGUCCCCGGCCACUUGGAGCGCUGCCUCUGGAUGAGCGUUUUCCUGUUUAGUUAUGGCCUUAUACAGCUCAUUGAGUGCAAUCUUAAUGCCAGCAUUGGUUUGUGGUGAUAAAUAAACAGCUGUGAAAAAUAUAGAUGAAAAUUCUCUUGGUAAAUAGUGUGGUCUACAGCUUAUCAUAAGGUACUCUACCUCAGGCGAGCAAAACCUCGAGACUUCCUUAGUAUUUGAUUUUGUUCACCAGCUGUUGUUUACAAAUAUACACAGACCGCCACCCCUUGUCUUACCGGAGUCAGCCGUUCUAUCCUAUCGAUGUAGCGUAUAGCCCGCUAGCUGUAUGUUGUCCAUGUCGUCGUUCAGGAAGCGGCACAGGUCCUAAUCCAGGCACUUGUCAUCUCCCGUCUGGAUUACUGCAACUCGCUGUUGGCUGGGCUCCCUGCCUGUGCCAUUAAACCCCUUCAACUCAUCCAGAAUGCCGCAGCCCGUCUUCAACCUUCCCAAGUUCUCUCACGUCACCCCGCUCCUCCGCACACUCCACUGGCUUCCAGUUGAAGCUCGCAUCUGCUACAAGACCAUGGUGCUUGCCUACGGAGCUGUGAGGGGAACGGCACCUCCGUACCUUCAGGCUCUGAUCAGUCCCUAAACCCAAACGAGGGCACUGUGUUCAUCCACCUCUGGCCUGCUGGCUCCCCUACCUCUGCGGAAGCAUAGUUCCCGCUCAGCCCAGUCAAAACUGUUCGCUGCUUUGGCACCCCAAUGGUGGAACAAGCUCCCUCACGACGCCAGGACAGCGGAGUCACUCACCACCUUCCGGAGACAUUUGAAACCCCACCUCUUUAAGGAAUACCUGGGAUAGGAUAAAGUCAUCCUUCUACCCCCCCCCCUUACUCCAACCCCCCCCCCCCCCCCCCCCCCCCCCCAAAAAAAAAAUCCCACUGGCUAUAAGGUGAAUGCACCUAUUUGUAAGUCGCUCUGGAUAAGAGCGUCUGCUAAAUUACGUAAAUGUAAAUGUAAAUGUUCAGCCACGACUCGGUGAAACAUAAGAUAUUGCAGUUUUUAAUGUCCCGUUGGUAGGAUUAAGCGUAAUCGCAGGUCAUCUAAUUUAUUUUCCAAUGAUUGAAGAUUGGCUAAUAGGAUUGAUGGAAGAGGCAGUUUACUCGUUCGCCGUCGGAUCCUUACGAGGCACCCGGACAACCUCUCCCUCAACGUGACCAAGACAAAGGAGAUGAUUGUGGACUACAGGAAAAAAAAGAGGACUGAGCACGCCCCCAUUCUCAUCGACGGGGCUGUAGUGGAACAGGUUGAGAGCUUCAAGUUCCUUGGUGUCCACAUCACCAACGAACUAUCAUGGUCCAAACACACCAAGACAGUCGUGAAGAGGGCACGACAAAGCCUAUUCCCCUUCAGGAAACUGAAAAGAUUUGGCAUGGGUCCUCAGAUCCUCAAAAAAUUCUACAGCUGCACCAUCGAGAGCAUCCUGACUGGUUGCAUCACCGCCUGGUAUGGCAACUGCUCGGCCUCCGACCGCAAGGCACUACAGAGGGUAGUGCGUACGGCCCAGUACAUCACUGGGGCCAAGCUUCCUGCCAUCCAGGACCUCUAUACCAGGCGGUGUCAGAGGAAGGCCCUCAAAAUUGUCAAAGACUCCAGCCACCCUAGUCAUAGACUGUUCUCUCUGCUACCGCACGGCAAGCGGUACCGGAGUGCCAAGUCUAGGUCCAGAAGACUUCUCAACAGCUUCUACCCCCAAGCCAUAAGACUCCUGAACAGCUAAUCAUGGCUACCCGGACUAUUUGCACUGCUCCCCCACCCCAUCCUUUUUACGCUGCUGCUACUCUGUUAAUGAUUUAUGCAUAGUCACUUUAACUCUACCCACAUGUACAUAUUACCUCAACUACCUCAACUAGCCGGUGCCCCCGCACAUUGACUCUGCAACGGUACCCCCCUGUAUAUAUAGCCUCCCUACUGUUACUUUAUUUUACUUCUUCUCUUUUUUUUCUCAACACUUUUUUUUGUUGUUGUUUUAUUUUUACUUUUUUUGUUAAAAAUAAAUGCACUGUUGGUUAAGGGCUGUAAGUAAGCAUUUCACUGUAAUGUCUGCACCUGUUGUAUUCGGCACAUGUGACCAAUAAAAUUUUAUUUUAUUUUAUUUUAUUUGACCUACGUCCACGAUUUCUCCGUCCCUUUCUCCCGCGAAUGACGGGGAUUUGGGCCUUGUCGGGUGUCUGUAGGAUAUCCUUCGCGGCCGCCUCGUUUAAGAAAAAAUCUUUGUCCAAUAAGAGGUGAGUAAUCGCUGUCCUGAUAUCCAGAAGCUCUUUUUGGUUAUAAGAGUCGAUGGCAGAAACAUUACGUACAGAAUAAAUUACAAAUAACGCAAAAAAACACACAUAAUAGUACAAUUGGUUAGAGGGCUGAAAAAUCCCAAUAUCGAGAGCUGCUUUCUCGUUAGUGCCUUAACAUUUUCACUCUCCUCUCUCUCAUACUCAGAGUGCUAAUAUCGUGGAAAAGGCCACCACUGUAUAGGUCAUUAUUUUACAGUUGGCAUAAUUACAUACCCGCAGUACCUCCCUAAUGCAUUUCAUGUAGUUUGGAAAGAAGAAACUUUAAGGAUUGAAAUCAUUUACUUGCAUCUUACUGUUCCAAACAAAUAUUUACAUUUUCAAGCACCCUGGUGAAAACAGCUGUACAGAGUGUCGACUCCAAAACACUGUGACCCACAUUACCUCUGGCACUGUAUGUCACAGAAUCAGCCGAGGCUGCUCCUCCUCCUUGCUCGGGCAGGCUUCGGCGUUCGUCGUCCCCGGAGUACUAGCUGCCACCGAUCUAUGUUUCGGUGUUUGACUUGUUUUGUCCUGAUUGUGUACACCUGUUCCCCAUUAUGUUGUAUUGUAUUCCCUAUUUAACCCUCUGUCGUUCAUUGUGUGUUAUUGUAUUCGUCAUCGGCAGUGUUCGUGUGCGGGUUGUUUAUCCUCCUAUUGUGGAGAUUGCAUUCUACUCUGGUUACCUUCGAGUAAAGUAUGUUUCCAGUAAGCUCUGUGUCCUGCGUUUGACUUCGCCUACCGCAUUUCACCGUCGCAUUCUGACACUGUAGAUCUUCUGACUGAAGGAGAGAGGAGAGAGCAUGCAGCACAUGCUGCAUUGAAUUAACCUCUAUAGUCCAAUAGUUACACAGUAAUCUCAACAGGCUUCUUCCUACCAAGGCCUGCAUACAGAAUGCAUAUCCAUUCCUUAUCAAGUUUUUUGGGAGAGGAAUUAAUCUUUCUGUUAGUAUGACACCUUUCUGGAUUUUCACAUUUACACAAACACCACAAGUGCACAUUAGUGUUCUGGAGGAGUAUGUGGGUCAGUUGUUGUAUAUUUUUGAACAGGGACUUUUUUUAUUUCCGUUUUUCAGCUCACAGUGUAUGUACAUUUUGCCUGAAAUCUCAACCGCCUGCUAAACUUUGAGAUUAGUGUUCUGGUUUAGUGAUGGAAUGCUUUUUCUUGAAUUAGAUAUUUAUAUAAGCCCUGACGUUUAUAGUGUUGGCUGUGACAAAAGAUUGCUCCGAAGCUCCUAAUCAUUCCCAUCUCCUGCAUUUAACUAACAAAAACCAUCAACAAUUAUAGACCUGGCAUAGAGCUGCUGCCAAAGGAAUUCAGCUGGUCUAUUAAUUGGAUGGCAUUCCCAAGCAGCAAUGUGUGCCACAGAUGCUCCUGCAGUAGAGGAUGGGAAAACCAUGCUAAUAACUGCACUAAUUGCAAGCCACAUCAUCGUACAGUCCUUCCAUUGCAAUGUGGUGUUGUUGUUUCCAUGUUUGUCAUGUAAGUAACUAAUAUCAGUCCUUUAGUUGAGUCCAUGUUGUUUGUAUGUGCCCAUCUUUUAUGUUUAUGUCCCCAUUUGUGUUUUUGUCUGGUCACUAUCUACAUGGGUCAGUCACUAAGCGCCGUAAGGCCCAUCUGAAGAGGCUGGACCGGAGAUGGACCCUGGGGGGAAUGGUCAGCAGGCAGCAGAGCAGAGGUGAUCAGAGACAGGGCGCCGACCUCCUUCUAUUCUCUGACCCCAUUGUACAUUGUCCUGUCUUCUCUCUCAUACCUGAUACCUAAUGUCUUGGUUUGUGUCAUAUGCCAUCUUCUACACCAUCAUGAUCCACACCCAAUAACCACUAACAUCAUUAUAAACCAGCUAAUAAACAGUCCAGACAUGUCAUUACAAUGCUAAAUUGGUUUUCACAUUGGUGGUUUUCAGCAGUUACAGGUUUGACCUUAUGCUAGAAGAUAAACAUAGAAAAAAUUGACCAUCUUGUUGUUACUCAGUUUCUGCACUUGAAUGCGGCAGUGUUGGAAGAGAUUGUGUCAUGUAAUCAGUUUAUUUGAAUGAACCCCAAUGUGCAACUCCAAUCUUUUCUGAAUUACAGCUAUAGCUGCACAACCAUCUAAAAGUUGGUAGGCCACAUGCAAUAUUUUGCCACUUUAGUUGGCUUUUUACGAGCCAAGUGAAACAUGUACACAUAUGUACUUUUCAAAAGAGACUGAGUUAAAAAGCCAGACGUUUAACAACCGGAGGUGUUGAGAGCAAGCAGGUCUACCGAUGGACCAGGCCAAUAAAGAAUUGUAUUCAUCUGUUGGAGUAAGAGUGAAAAGUGUUUGUGCUUGCAGUGAAAAGUGUUUGUGCUUGCAACAUUACCCUUGCCUCGAGACAGGGUUUUUUGACAGGGGAUGCGGGUUGGAUUGCUGACAGCGGAGUGAGGAUAGGCUAUUUGAGUCCAGCCCAAGGUUUGUGCUUGGCAACAGUGUCCAAAGCGGGAAAAACAACAAACGGCCUCUGGAGUAAAAAUAGCUUUUUCCACUGCAGGAACUAAAUCUUGCCUGUGGGGAAAAAAGCUGAAAUAGUGCUGACUGCAGGAAAAUAGUUUAUCAAAGUUAUGCAGGCGAUGUAUGUUGUGGUUAACAUAAUAUCUUAUUCAGAGGUUCCCCCCGCUGGUGAGUGUGGGCUCAGGAAGGUUGAACAGGGUUGCCCCUGUAGGGAGAGAGACUGGAAGUCCCGUAAGAAAGUGCAGGGGAAAACAAAGCAUACAGGAAAUGGCCUUUUCGGUUUUAUUUACAAGGCUGUACAUAGGCCUAUUUCUUUGCAAGUAAAAUGAAUUUUUACUAUAUCCUUAUUCAGUCCUUCUAAAUCCCUGAUGAGACUCAACAGGGGUAGAGGAAAGGAGAGAGUUAUUAGAUAUCAAAUAGGAAUCCAGUGAUUCCAGAGGUAUUCAAACGGUCUUAGCAUGUAGAUAGGUAUUCUCCUCUCUUUACACUGUAGGGCAGCGUUCCCUCCGCCUGCCUGUGUUUUACGGUGUAAUGAGAUGAGACCUCUGGUCAGUGUUGGAAAAAGUACCCAAUUGUCAUACUUGAGUAAAAGUAUAGAUAUCUUAAUAGAAAGUUACUCAAGUAAAAGGUAAAGUCAGCCAGUAAAAUUCUACUUGAGUAAAAGUCAAAGUAUUUGGUUUAAAUAUACUUAAGUAUGAAAAGUAAAAGUAACAGUAUAAAUAAUUUAAAAUUCCUAUUAUUUAGCAAAGCAGACGGCACAAUUGUCUUGUUUUUUAAAUUUUCGGAUAUCCAGGGGCACACUCCAACACUCAGACAUUAUUUCUAAAAGUUGCAUUUGUGUUUAGUGAGUCCGCCAGACCAGAGUGACCACGUGUUCUCCUGAUAACUGCGUGAAUUUGACUAUUUUCCUGUCUUGCUAAGCAUUCAAAAUGUAAGUACUUUUGGUUGUCAGGGAAAAUGUAUGGAGUAAAAAGUACAAUAUUUUCUUUAGGAAUGUAGUGAAGUAUAAAUAGUAAAGUAAAGUACAGAUACCCAAAAAAACUACUUAAGUAGUACUUUAAAGUAUUUUUACUUAAGUACUUUACACCACUGCCUCUAGUCUGUAAUGACAGGAAGUACUCUGGCCUUUAGGGAAGUUACAAAUCAAGAUGUCAUCUCUGUUCUCUAUCAUCUGCUGAGUUUACAGAGGCUGACCGCUACCACGCCAGUAGUCCACUCUGUCGUUAGAACUGUUUUCCCCAUUUCAAGAGAUCAGUGUUUCUGAGUUUAUUUUAUCCCAUAUUUACACUUAGUAAACAGAGAUCAUGACAUAAAGUCAAUGUAAUUGUCAGUUGCUGCAGGAAGACAUUUACAGUAUGAAGUGAGGGACAUCAUAUUGUUAAUUAGAGUUUCCCAGAUUACUUAAAGCCUUUCAUAGUAAAAUGCUAGAUAUCUUUGUGGAUCUGACAGAAUCAAUCACAUCAGAACUACACACAGAGAAAUGCCGUCAAGUCCACAAAAUUAUAUACUUCAAGCCUAGAUACAGUAUGUCUUUAUUUACUUUCACUCACUCUGAGGUGUUUCUACAAUCGUUACAGUACCUCCUAUAAAAUAUUGACAUAUUUUUCAUUUGUUUGAGUAAUAUUUUGUAGUACAUUUGAAACUGACGUGAGUCUCUGUGUUCCCACGUCCUCUCUGUGGCCUGACAGAGGAGAAGUAUAUGACGGUGCAGCCAUACACCAGCGAGGGGAAGGAUGAGAUUGCCUUUGAGAAAGGAGUAAUCGUGGAGGUCAUCCAGAAGAACCUGGAGGGCUGGUGGUUCAUCAGGUAAGGCCAUGAUUUGUGCUCCAACCACAAUAUAAACUGUUGCCUGUUUAUACUGUCUCUCAAUUAUGGUUAUUAUCACUCAAGAUCACCCCCUCUCUCUUCAUCUCUCACGCCCUCUCCCCAGGUACCAGGAUAAGGAGGGCUGGGCCCCGGCCUCCUACCUGAAGAAGGUUAAGGAGGACUUCUCUCCCCGUAGUAGUAAUAAGAAGACCCCCUUGACUGGCCCGGUGGAGAUAAUCGGCAACAUCAUGGAGAUCAGCAACCUGCUGAACAAGAAGGCCCUGAGUGAGAAGGACGUGCAGACAGACGGCCAGUCAGAGGACAACCCCCUGACCACCCCCUCCCUGGUCAAGAGGCAGAUCAGCCUGCCCAUACCCUGCUCUAGCUCAGACUUCAGCCCUGGUGGCGCCCUGGUGGAUGUUAAGGGCAAAGCAGAACCGGCCUCUCCAGCCAUAGCCCGCAUCGCUCCUCACAGAAUAGAGAUCGGUGAGUUAUCAUUCAGAGACUGAAUUGGAAGUUAUAACGGUUUGUUAAACUAGUAACCUCACAGAAUUUUAUAUCAAUCUAAUUUUCUUCUCUCUAGGCUCCCCAAUCCUCAGACAAAAGCCACCUCCUCGCAGAGAUGCAACUCUGGUCAGUAUGAACAAAUCAUAAAUCCUCUUAGAUGUAAAGUCCCCUAAUUAGGGGGACUGGUACCGACCGUCAUUUUUGUGUACAGAGCACUCUGUGAACGGUGCAACAUCAAUUGCACCUCUGUAGCUCAGCUGGUAGAGCAUGGCGCUUGUAACGCCAAGGUAGUGGGUUCGAUCCCCGGGACCACCCAUACACAAAAAUGUAUGCACGCAUGACUGUAAGUCGCUUUGGAUAAAAGCAUCUGCUAAAUGGCAUGUUAUUAUUAUUAUUUAUUAAUUGCUUUAUACGCUGCCCGCUAGGAUCUGAGAUGGAGGGUUUGAAAUUGGACACCUAAUUUGCAUUGGGAGUGACAUGUCACAUUUUCUGGCCUAUCCAGACAAAGGAUUGAUUGCCUCUGGCUGUGAGAGUCAACCCCACGUGCGUUACGGCAAAUGAAAGGGGAGAGCCUAGUGAAUGCAGCGGUCUCAUCUCGCUGUGAUAUUCUCAGACGGAUUUACAGCUUCUUUUUUUUAUGGUGACAGAGGGAAGAAAUCACUUUGUGCUUAAAGCUGAAGUUGUAACGUGUCAGCACGCAUUUGAAUCGCGUGUCUGUGUCGCUCAGAGAACGCAGGGCAGAAUAUUUUCUGUCGACAUUUCUAUAAAAUGGUGCCAAUUUUGUACUCUCACUAAAUAUGAUCAUAUCUAUUUUACAGUUAUAAGGAAGGUGAAAUCUUAUAGUUAGUCAUUUAUAAUUUGAUUGUUACUAUAUGAAAAACAGCGCCUCCAACUGGUGAUGGACUCCAAAAAUUAAGGUGCCGGUUUAGAUAAGGGACGAUCGCUCUGGGUACCCAGUUAGAGGCACAAUGACGAACAGGACACAGACUCAAGUUCAAUCCUUUAUUGCCUCAGACAGAGACGGCUUUAUGGUGUAGUUGAAUGAAUGGUUUACUGAGAAAUAAAUAUAAAUGGGAAAAAGUUGUUAGAAGGGUUAUGGCUAGGUGUCAAUACUAUGUAAUAGCAGAGGAUGAGUAAUAAUGGCAUAAGCAGCAAUAUGGCAUAUUAUACAGUAGCAUAGCAUGACGAUAACAACUGUAGCAGCAAGGGUUUAGCAGUAGUACAAACUAGGAUAUAGCAGCAUAGCCUAGCGUGAAAUAGCAUAGCUUAGCAUAAACCAAUUAGCAUGAGGGUGCAGGUAAUAGUAACAGAGUAGCAUAGCUUAGCAGUAAUGGCAAAUUACUAUCAGUACUAAGCAAGCAAUUAGCAUUAAGUAAUGACAGUGCAUCAUUAGCAUUAGCAAUUAGCUAACAGUGGUAAACAGUGUAUAAGAGUGGAAUGAUAAUGGCAAUAAACCCCAGCAACAAUAGCAGCAGUAACAGUUAAAUAACAGCCAGGCUGUUAGACAAAGGCACGUAAAGGCAACUAAAUGCUAAUAUUAACAAUAACUAGCAAGCACAUACCACACUCUUUACCAGGGGCACAACUUUCACUGGGGACGGGGGGGACAUGUCCCCCCCACAUUCUGAAAUUGCAUUUACAAUGGGAAACAAUGGGAAACCCUGGCUAGCAUGCUAACCAUGUAGAAAUGCACCAGAAGUGAUGUCAUUGGAAUACCGGAAACUGGAAGUAACGGCACAACUGGGAUUAUUAGUCUUUUACAGGAUUUGACACUGUUGGACUACUAUCACCAUUUUAGGGAAUUUGCACAUGGCUCAACUAAACAAACAAGUGCAGGAGUGAUGUACACUACAUGGCCAGAAGCUGCUCGUUGAACAUCUCAUUCCAAAUCAUGGGCAUUAAUAUGGAGUUGGUCCCCCCUUUGCUGGUAUACCAGCCUCCUCUCUUCUGGGAAAGCUUUCCACUAGAUGUUGCAGCAUUGCUGCGGGGACUUGCUUACAUUCAGCCACAAGAGCAUUAGUGAGGUUGGGCACUGAUGUUGGGCGAUUAGGCCUGGCUCGCAGUCGGCGUUCCAUUUCAUCCCAGAGGUUUUCGAGGGGGUCAAGGCUCUGUGCAGGCCAGUCAAGUUCUUCCACACCGAUCUCGACAAACCAUUUCUGUAUGAACCUUGCUUUGUGCACGGGGGCAUUGUCAUGCUGAAACAGGAAAGGGCCUUCCCCAAACUGUUGCCACAAAAAAUCGUCUAGCAUGUUAUGUAUGCUGUAGCAUUACGAUUUCCCUUCACUGGAACUAAGGGGCCUAACCCGAAUCAUGAAAAACAGCCCGAGACCAUUAUUCCUCCUACACCAAACAUUAGAGUUGGCACUAUAUAUUCGGGCAGGUAGUGUUCUCCUGGCAUCCGCCAAACCCAGAUUCGCCCGUCGGACUGCCAGAUGGUGAAGCGUGAUUCAUCACUCCAGAGAACGCUUUUCCACUGCUCCCAAGUCCAAUUGCGGCGAGCUUUACACCACUCCAGCCACAUCGCUUGGCAUUGUACAUGUUAAUCUUAGGCUUGUGUGCAGAAAUCUACAUCUAACAAGAUCAUUAUUUUAAGUUGGAAGUUGGACUUUAUGGCCAAUUAUUAUUGUUUCCUUUUAACAGUAUCAGCUGUGCAAUACACAUAAUGCUGUAAAAAAUUCAUUUUCCACUCAGGGAUUCAAUUUACCCUCGCCACCAGAGCCCCCUACUGUUGAAGCAGAGUACUACACAAUUGCAGAGUUCCAGUCCGUCAUUUCAGAUGGCAUCAGUUUUAAUGGAGGACAAAAAGCAGAUGUAAGCUUUUUUUAUGUAUAUUUUGCAGUGCAUACAUGUCCAAUGUGUUAUUGUUUUUGUCAUUGUUCAGGUAAAUUCUUGAAAUUAACAGAUACUGCAUGUAGUUGAUAAAGCCUAUUCUUACCCAUGUAUUCUCUCUGUUCUGUCCUGUAGGUGAUCGAGAAGAACUCUGGUGGCUGGUGGUAUGUCCAGAUCGGGGAGAAAGAGGGCUGGGCUCCCUGCUCCUACAUCGACAAACGAAAGAAGCCCAACCUAAACCGCAGAACCAGCACUCUGAGCCGGCCCAAAGUCCCGCCACCAGCCCCGCCCAUCAAGAAGCAGGACUCUGAGGAGACUGCCCCUCCCAGCAGUCCUGGGUCCGAGGCUCCAGAGUCCCCUGUAUCUUCCAGGAGGCCUGUGUACGAGGAGCCAGAAUAUGACAUUCCUACCAUUGGGUUUGAUCUGGCGUCAGAGUUUGAGUUCCUCAGGACAGAUGGGUCCUCAGUGGAUGGGAAGAACGAGGAUGGCUCCUCAGAGAAGGGCUCUCACCUGUCCUCCAAGCCAUCUCCAGCCACUUCUCUCCAUAGCGCCUCUUUCAAGAUGGGUGAGUCGUCCGAGGAUGUGGGGCAAGAAGAGGAGGAGCCUGAGGGAGAGGAGUGUAUCUAUGAGAAUGACGGCUUCAUGCCUUUCAGAGAGAUGCCUUAUACACAAUCCAGUGGCGACUCCGACUCCCCGAAGAUUAGUGCCCCGUUGGAGACUAGCAAGAAUGAAAACUCUCACUCCACGUUUGGGGCAAGGAGAAAAGGGAAGAAGAACCAGCUGGAGCUGAACAGGAGCCAGUCUCAGUCUCAAACCAAAGCAGAGGCCGGGGUGUCCAGACCCAAACCUGCCUCUACAGAGUCCACCCCAGAUCUCUCCAAGCUGGCCAGGCCCAAGAAGUACAAAGAGGAGCACAAGAUGGACUCCACCAAACCUAAGCCAUUGGUCAGGCCUAAGCCCCAGCUGGCCAAGGCCUCCAGUGCAGAGAAGAUGGACAUCAGCAGCCUCCGGAGACAGCUGAGGCCUACAGGCCAGCUGAAGAAGGGCUCCAGAGGAGGAGACUUUGAAACAGCCUCUGUCAUCUCCUCUGAGGACUCUGUGUCCUCCCACAGCACCUCUGACAUCUCCUCCAUCUACUCUAAAGGCAGCCGGGGAGACUCAGACGAGGGCUGCAGCCUCUACCGCACCACAGAUGCCUAUGAGAAGGUCCAGGACUCAGAGAUGAGCUUCCCUGCCGGGGUGGAAUUGGAGGUGCUGGAGAAGCAGGAGAGCGGCUGGUGGUACGCCCGCUGGGGUGACGCUGAGGGCUGGGCUCCAACUUACUACCUGGAGCCUGUCAGGCAGCUGGACGACACAGCUGGGUCAGAGUCCGAUGGCACCCCUACCAAGCCGGGCAGCCUGAGCAAGUCCAACAGCCUGGAGAAGAACGAGCAGAGGGUCCAGGCCAUGAACAACAUCAACCAGAGCCUAAAGAGGAGCAUACCGACCAUCCCCUCCAAACCCCUGGGGGUGCUCUCCAAGCCCUUUGGUCUGUUCAAUGGCUCGCACAAGCAGAAGAAUGUUACAAAACAGCAGCAGGUGGUCAGGCCUCAGUCUGUCUUAAUCUCUGGGCCGAUCAUCGACGGGCCAAGCCCAGUAGGCUCCCUCAGGAGCGGUGAGUCAUUCAACUCCACUGACCACACACGCUCUAGUCCCACCGUGCGCCGCAACGCUUCCUUUGGUACUACCCCGCGGGGCCCAGCGCCGAACGGUAACAUGGCAAACCGGAACAGCCCCGGCACGGGAAGCUCCGAAUCACUGGGCCGGGGGUCUCAGAGGAACAGUCUACCUAUUUCCACGGUGAAACCCAAAUCCCACCUCAUCCACAACAACCUCCGUGAGGUGUAUGUCUCCAUAGCGGAUUACCAUGGUGACGAGGAGACAAUGGGGUUCCCUGAAGGAACGACUCUGGAGGUUCUGGAGAGGAACCCUAAUGGGUGGUGGUACUGCCAGAUCCUGGACGGAGGUCAACCUCGAAAAGGCUGGGUCCCCUCAAAUUACCUGGAACGGAACUAGUGACACACUAAUGUUCAGAGCAUGUGCAAUCAGGUCAGAGACCAUGGAAGACAGUGUAAAUGGAAAUGGAAAGACACUGUUUUUUUACAAUUUAAAGAUGGAAAUCAGAAGAGACAAUUUACAGUAUCAUUGAAGUGGUAUACUUUGUGUUUUCUAAACUGAGGGUGGCCAACCAAUCCUGCAUAUAAUUUCUUGACAUCUUAUUAUUCUAAUCUGAAGUGACAAAGAAAGCACUUCAACAUGUAAUUUUUUGACAGGAUUUUAUCUGUUCACAGAUAGCCGGGGAUUGGAAAAAAUACCUUUGGCAUUAAAAUCAGCUGAAGGUCAAUCACAUAUUAAAUGAAAGAAUUAAACAAAAAUUGUUGAUUUGAUGAAGUUUGCUUUUUAAUCCAAAAUUGAAGAAUAAUGGGAUUUGGACACAAGUGGAGGAUCUUUGGACAGCUUUGGCUGAUCAUGGUGAGUUUUUGUGAUAUGAUAACAUUACUUAAUGAUCUCCAAUGGGCUAAACAUUAUUAACUUCUAAUGAUAUUUGAUCAUAACAAUGUUUUAAAUGUUUUUUAAUGAUUUCUUCUUUAAAGGUCCAAAGCAGAGGUUUUUAUCUCAAUAUCAAAUCAUUUAUGGGUAACAAUUAAGUAGCUUACUAUGAUUGUUUUCAAUUAAAAUUGUAAAAAAUAAACAGGCAAAGAGCAAUUUCUCAAGCAAGAAUUUUGCUAGGUCUGUCUGCGAGUGGUCUGAGUGGGGAGGGUAAACAAUAUGUUAUUGGCAGAGAGGUUUGGAACUCUCUUUUUCAUUGGUUUAUUAACACAUUUACUCAAAUA